AGAAUUAAUACCAAUCCUUUCUUUCUAGUAAUUGGUUCAAUUCUUCUUCAGAAAACAAAAACAGGUGUGCGUCAUGACUGACUUUUCCAAAAACUGGGAAAAACUGUCUGGUGACAAUCUCUGGAGUGAUCUAAAAGAUCCUCUCCACGUCGAUCUCCGCCGCUAUAUCAUUCAUUACGGUGAAAGGGCUGGAGCUAUUGACGAUGUCUUCAUUGAUGGCAAGCUCGUUUCCCCGAUAAAUCCCAAGUCCAUCGGAUAUCCUAGAUAUGCAAGGAAAGAUUUAUUCGAUAAAGUGGGAUUGGUGAAAGGCAAUUAUCGACCCACGUACAUAGUGGAGAAAUAUGUGUAUGGAGCACCAAAACUGCGAUCUCGCCCAUCCUACCUGUUGGCUUACGUUGCGGUGUCAGACAAUGAAGGAACUAAAGCCUUGGGGAGGAGGGACAUUCUGAUUGCCUGGAGAGGAACCAAGUUGGCGGCUGAAGUUGCUGUCGACAAAAACACCGAACUACGCCCGGCUCCUAAAAUUGUUGGAAACCAGUAUGCUGGCGCUAUGGUGCACGGUGGUUGGUAUGAUUAUUACACUCAUGCUGACGUUAGGACCCCCAAGAACCAACGUACUAGUUGCCAAGAUCAGGUUGGAGAGGCCGUUAGAAAACUGAUAGAUCAAUACGGUAACGAGGGUCAAGAACUCAGCAUUACUAUAACUGGCCGCGGCACUGGUGCUGCAUUUGCAAUUUUAAAUGGGAUGGAUAUUGUUUGCAACAAACUCAAUUAUCCUACAAAACAACCCAAGAACCCAUGUCUGGUCACGGCGAUUGUCUUUGGCUGUCCCUUUGUUGGAAACGAAGCCUUUAAGAAUGCGGAGAACGAUGAGUCCAUGUUUCAGAUCUUGCGGGUCACAAAUGAACCAGAUCCAGUGACUAAUCCGGAGCCUUCUCCGGAAUAUGAACAUAUUGGAGUAGAGGUGAAAAUUAACACAGUCAAUUCGCCCUACUUGAAGAAUCCAAUAGAUACCGUACAUGAGUUGGAGGUUUACUUGCAUGGGGUUGCAGCGCACCCAGGGACAACUGUGGCAUUGGAAGAUAUCCGCCGUACAGUGAUGGUGAACAAAACAUUGGACGGUCUUAAGGAUGAAACUAUAGUCCCCCCCAUCUGGAUCUUAAAUAAGUUCAUGGUUCAAAAUGAGAGAGGCGCCUGGGAGCUGAAGGAUGUUCCCGUUGAUGAUUAGCCUAAUCGUCUUUGAACGGAAAAGAAUAGCCGCCAUUGGAAUUUGAAGACCAUGCAUGUUUAGUGGCCAUGCCUCUUCUAAUAAAGUGCUGAUCGUGAAGCGCUCUGGUGUUUAGAAUAAGGCCUUCUUCCUUCGGUUGGGUUUGCUUUGCUUUGCUUUGGUAUUGUAUGUCUCUUGGGAUAUGGGUCUUCGCUAGAGCCUCGACUCUCAUUUUUUUCUUCUUCUUUAAUUUGUGUCUUGGUUGCUUGGAGUUUGAUGAUUAGCAAUCACUCAUUUCAAUAACGAUCUGUUAUAUUCUCGUGU